AUGAAACUAACAGCAAGGUACACCGACUAUAUUGCCGUUGACCUCAGCACAUUCAUAGGACGCUCCGGUGUUACUUGCUUAGUGCCGGCACCCACUCGUCUCACCAGCUGGUAUCUACCCCUUAAACCCUUUCAUCUUACUCUUUGGUUCGGUGUUUUUGGUUGUCUAUUGUUGGAAACUUUUGCUCUUUUAACAGCUCGCCGGUUUGAGUUAACUGUUAUCGACAAUGAAGCAAGCAAUUGGUGGUCUUGUAUACAAUUUGGUUAUAUUACCUCUUUGAAACUGUUUAUCUCUCAAGGUUCCGACUACAUUGUUAAUUCACAUACAGUGCGUACAGUUUUGUUUGCUUGUUAUAUGAUAGAUAUUAUUAUUACUAGCAUUUAUGGAGGAGGUUUGGCUGCUACGCUUACUGUACCCACACUGGGGGAAGCUCCGGAUUCUGUAGAGAGAAUGUAUGCCCAAGGUUUACCCUGGACGGCUACUUCUUCCAUGUGGGUGGCAUCUAUAAGGAAUGAUAAUAAUACUGUCUACCACAGCUUGUACAACAAUUUUGUUGUUUAUAGUAUGGAAGAAAUGCGAGCCAAAGCUCAAACAGAAUAUAUGGGUUUUAUAUUGGAACGUCUUACUUUUGGCCACUUUGGUAAUGGUGAUUUUAUUACCCCUGAAUCUUUGCAACGCCUUAAACUUAUGGUUGAUGAUAUUUACAAUAAUUUUGCUGUGGCCAUGGUGUCUCGCUUAUGGGCCCAUUUGCCUAAGUAUAAUGAUUUUAUUUUGGCCUGGCAUUCUGCUGGUUUGGAUAAGUUCUGGGAAUGGAAAAUAGCAGCCGAGUAUAUGAAUAUCCAAGAACAGAAUCAGAUACAGGCCUCUAUGUACACUAAUGUGGAUAUGGGAGCUAUUAAAUUGGAUAUGAAAAAUUUUGCUGGUUUGGCGAUUAUAUGGAUUGUGGGCAUGGUUUUGAGUAUAAUGGUUUUCAUAGCGGAAAUUUUGUGGCAUAAGUUUGGGUGUCGAUUAAAAUUUUAA